AUGGAGCAACCACCAUUCACUGAAGAUGACCUGAUCACUCCCACCACCACCGCUGCCGCAGCCACCACCACCACCACCACCCAAGAUAAUGAAAACCAACAACGCACAGGCACCCGGCACCCGGUUUAUCGUGGCGUGAGGAAGCGGCGGUGGGGGAAAUGGGUGUCCGAAAUCAGGGAGCCACGCAAGAAGUCACGCAUUUGGCUAGGGUCCUUUCCGGUGCCCGAGAUGGCAGCCAAGGCUUAUGACGUGGCGGCAUACUGCCUCAAAGGGCGGAAAGCGCAGCUGAACUUCCCCGACGAGGUGGAGCACUUGCCGAGGCCCUCCACCUGUACGGCUAGGGAUAUUCAGGCGGCAGCAGCUAAAGCAGCACAGACUAUGAAGUCAUCAAGUACAGCUAGCAGAAGCACUGAUGAUCAGGAUCAUCACCGUGAUGUAUCGGACGACGGCAGCGCCGAUGACUUUUGGGGUGAGAUUGAACUUCCGGAGCUGAUGAACAGCGGGACAUGCUAUUCGAACUCAUGUGGUUGGAGUACGUUUUCCGGUGAGGCAGCAGCAUUAACAUGGCCAGAAGGAGAGGCAUGUCUAUAA